UUGAGAGCACAAUGACUGACUUCUGAUGGCAAGUUUAUCUCAGUUUGGCAUUUACUUACCUUCUCCAGAGUAACAGAGCAGCAGUGUUGAUGGAGCUCUACGGAUCUCACAGAAAAUCGAGAUGACACUGUGGGACGACCGCGUCUGGGCUCUUUUCAGGAGUCAGUGGAAGCAGACGGUGAUCUACUGGAGCGUCUUCUUUAGCUUCGGUCUGUGCAUCGCCUUUCUGGGGCCCACCAUUCUGGACCUGCGCUGCCAGACGCACUCCACGUUGCAGCAGAUCACCUGGGUCUUCUUCUCGCAGCAGUUAUUUCUACUCCUGGGCAGCAGCGUCGGGGGGAUUUUCAAGAGGACGUUGCUGUUUUCCCUGGUGGCUCUCUUCACUUGUACCUUUAUUAUCUCACUAGUAUUUCUCCUUAUACCACUAUGCUACAGUGUGAUAAUGCUGUCCAUUGUGCUGGCCAUUGCUGGUUUGGCCAUGGGAGUGAUUGACAAUGUUGCCAACUUACAGCUGGUCAAACUUUACCAGAAAGACUCAGCCAUUUUCCUUCAGGCAUUGCACUUUUUCAUUGGCUUGGGAGCACUGGUCAGUCCUCUAGUGGCUGAUCCCUUCCUUUCAGAUGAUGCCUGCAUUCUGGCAGCCAAUGCUACAGUCUUCAACUCAAGCUUUAACCUUGAGCAUAUUCGUAACACUCUUGCAGGACCAGGCGCUGCGCUAACAAAUAUGUCCGAAUAUCCCCUGCACAUACAUGGCAUGGCGCUCACACAGGUGUCAUAUGCUUUCUGGAUCAUGGCUCUUAUCAGUCUGCCUGUGCCCAUAGCCGUACUUUACCUGAUGUACCAUGAAAGGCUGCUGCCCUGCUCCAGAACAAGCCCCCCUCUACUGGAACAGAACCCAAGUGGCGACACUGAACAAGUUUCCCUAGCCCACAAGAAUGUGUUCAGGUGCUGUAAUCUGGAUAAAGUCAGAGAUCGUCCAGCCACUUUCUUUGUCCUCCAAAUUGUAGGUGGAGCCAUACUGUUUAUCACUGAUGGAAUAAUAGGUUCGUAUGCAGGCUUUGUGUACACCUAUGCUGUGUCCCCUCCUUUGCUUAUGGCACACAAGACUGCGGGAUAUCUGGACAGCAUAUUCUGGGCUGCCAUUACUCUAAGCAGACUGGCGUUUAUCUACUUGUCCUACAGAUAUCCUGCUCCAAAACUGCUCAUCUUCAGUCUGAUAGGGGUGGUCCUUAUCCAUGGGCUGCUGUUGCUUUUCUACACCAGUCAAAUGUUCCUCUUCAUUGGGACCACUAUACUGGGCCUGUGCAUAAGCAGUGUGUUCCCCUCCAUGCUGGCCUUCACUGAGGAUGCACUGGAGUACAAAGGUUGUGCAACAACUGUCCUGGUGACGAGUGCUAGCACUGGAGAAAUGCUUAUGCAGCUUUUAAUUGGAUCUGUGAUUCAAGACUAUGGCAGUUAUGCCUUCAUGCUGUGCUGCAUGAUAGCGUCCUUUCUUGGAUUCUGUCUGUUUCUGCUGUUCCUCUAUGUGCAUCAUCUCCACAAAAACAGCUACAGUCACAGCACAGAUUGCACCAAGGACAUGGAUAUGAAGAAAAUACCGCCAUCUCUAGCAGGAUCUUGAAUGAAGUGAAUAUAGCAUUAUGAAUGCUGGACAUUUAUGCCUUGAUCAUUUACUGGAUAAUAAUACAUUGCAUUUUAUGAGAAAUUAUCUGUGUAGCUUGCCUGGCAACUCUAGAAUGAGAUCUCUCUUUGAGGGACAGAUAUCUGUAU